CAUGCCAUGCCAGGGGGGGGCUGGGCAGCUUGGGCCACGGGGCUGACGCUGGCCCCCACAGGUGCCGGGGUGGAGGAGUCGCAUAGCCUGUCCUACCACUACACGGCCACCUACGACGCCGGGGGCCUGCGGGAAUUCUGGGCGGCGGGAGCACUGGAUGGGGCCCCUAUCGACCGCUAUGACCGCGCCGCCCGCGCCAAGCUGCCUGCCCAGCCCUGGAUGCGGGAUGGGCUGGAGCCUGACUACUGGCGCCAGGGCGGGAUCUCCCGUGCUGCCAAGGAGGCCUGGUUCAAUGAUGCCGUGGCCACGCUCCAGCGCCGAACCAACCGCUCCCAGGGCACGCUGCAGUGGCAGCACGGCUGUAUGGUGGAGCCUGGCGGGCUGGUCCGGGGCUGGUACCAGUUUGCCUAUGAUGGUGCUGACUUCCUCCUCUUUGACACUGACAACGAGCGCUGGCUGGCGUCGUCCCGCUGGGCCGAGGUCACACAGCGCCGCUGGAGUGCCCAGCCCGACUUCAGCCGCCACGUGCAGCGCUACCUGACUGAUGCCUGCGUGGAGUGGCUGGGCCGUUUCCUCCACAGCCGGCGUGCCUGGGUCAGCCGCCACGCUGCCCCACAGGUGCAAGUCUGGUCUCACCCGGCCCGGGAGCAGCCAGGGUGGCUGGCACUGACCUGCCUGGCUGGGGGCUUCCCCACAGCAGCCGUGAAGCUGGGCUGGCACCAAGGCAACACCACGCUGAAAGGGGUUCUAGCGGGGCUGGGCGCGCUGCCCGCUGGUGACGGCAACUUCCAGCGUCGGGGCCAGCUGCUGGUGCCCGCUGAGCAGGCCCAGGGGGUGCGGUGCCAGGCCAGUCAUGGGGACCUGGCAGCUCCGCUUGAGGCUGCCUGGGAACCCCCAGCACCCAGCAUAGCCAGUGUCAGCCCUUGGGCCGUAGCAGGACUGAUGCUGGUCGGGGUCUUGGUGCUAGGUGUAGCCCUGCUGCUCUGGAAGAGACGAGCCUCCAGAAACGACACGAGUUCCAUGGAUUCCCUGGUAUCUGACCCUGUAAACUCUGGGGCCAGCUGAGCCGAGGCUGGGACCAUCAGUUUUCCUAGCAGGACUCCUGGGUCGCAGCUGCCUUCCAGUGACCUGUGGCCGCUGGUGUUGCUGUCCUUGCUUUGGUUGACAGGGUACCCCCUCCUCACUCGGAGCCAGACCGCCCCAGCCAAGGCCUUUUUGGGGGAAGGGGUCCCGGCUCGCUCAUCAUUGCCCAGAUGUUGUCAUUGCCCAGCUGUUGCUGUGGCUUUGCUCUGGGCUCCUGGCAUCCACCUGCGCGAGGAGUGAUGAGACUAACACGAAUAAUAAUGGAUAAUUCAUUUAAAUGAGGUGGGUGUGUCAGUCUGUCUGUGUCAGGGGACUUCAGGAGAGGUCACUUCCUAGUAGGAAAACCCAAUGGGAUGAUUACAAGGAAGCUCCCCUUGGGGCUGGCUUGGGUUUGAUGCCCCACAAGGGGAAAGAGCCCUGGCCCAAGGCCCUGGGGCCAGGCCCCUGCCCCACCAGGGCUCCAUCUUGAGUCUCAAAGCAUCUGUGGCCAGUUCAGAGGUUUAUUUAGCAGAGGGUGGGAGGGAAUCCACAGCCCCUGCCAGUUGGCCCCUUCCUCCAGACCACCCCCCACACCAGCAUCACAGGGUGCAGGGAGGACUCGGAUCUAUUCACCAGCCAGAUCUCCCCACCCCUUCUCCCUCUGCUUGGCACCUGGGUCUGUACUGCAGUAAGCAGGGGCUUCUGCCUCUCAGCAGACUCAGGCAAGGGGCAUCAAAUUUUCCAACCUUCCUGGGGCCGCUGGAAAUGAGAUCUGAGGGUUCCUGCCCCCUGACCCAUUGCACCUGCUUUGGUGGGGAAACAGGCCUUGCUACAGCUUGUGCAGGUAUCGGCGAUACCCAGGGCUGGUGGGGAAGGCUAAGAGUGGCAACAGAGCCUAUGUCAGGGCCCUAGUUCCUGGGGAUGGUGGGAUGUACAAGGGUAUCAGGCCCAAGAGCCAGGACACGUGUCAAGAAUAGAGUCCCAGGAAGUACCCCAGUGUCCUGGUGCUCAGCCCUGCCACCCUGCGCUCUCUUCCCCUAACCCCACUACUCCCCUGGAGCUGGGGAGAGGACCCAGGAGCCCUAUGUCCCAACCCCAUCCCCUGCUCUAAGCCAAUCCCACCACUCCCUGGGACAGGGG